UCGCGAUAUGGCAACGGUGGCGGGGGAGGAGAAGAAAACGAGCGGCCAGUCGAUCCAGAUAUUUCAACGAGGCCGGAACAUUCCGGCGAAUCGAGAGUUUUUUGUGGUUAAUUUUGAGUUUAAUCGAAUCGACUGUAAGGUGCGCGUGUUCCCUUGUACCGUGAUUCCGUGUCGAGAAUACAUAUUCUUCGCUGUCUACGGUGUUCGUGAUUGAUUUUCCUCAGCGGACAGCGGUCCGUCACAUUGGUGCCGAAACCCGGGAUCGAACUUCACGUACCUGUACGUCUUCCUAACGUGGCAAAAUUUUCAUCGUGGGUCGAACCUACGAACACGAACAAUCCACUUUCGAACACAACCAGCACUCGUCUCGACUUUCGAACAAUUCUAUUCCGAAACGGUGUACAGAUCGAACAUAUGAAAACGAACAUACGGCCCUCGAACACACAUACUCGUUUCGAAUAAUUCUCGUCCGAAAGGAUCGAACAUACGAACACGAACGUACGGCAACGAACACAGUCCUUCGUUUCGAACACGCCUUGCUCGAAAGUCUCUGAAAAAUUUAACUCACGGUCCGUGUGACGUACGUCCACAAUCUUCCGACGCCAUGGCCGACCUGGAAUUAAUGAAUGCCCCGGAUUUGUUCCGGCUUCGAACCACUACAAAACGCCAGCACACGAACCUCGUUACGCGAGUGUACAGCAUGAUUAACAGACGGGCAUCGCAAGCUGUAUUCGCGGUGUUGUCAACGGAUCUUGAGGCUGCGCUAGAGCGUAUCACGGCGAUUAACGAGCGGUACGUCGUCGCGGGAGAACUGGAUGAUCAAGAAAGAGCGGCAGCAGAGGACUACAUCCAAAGCGUUGCUGCGGUAAAUAGGCAAGCACGGCUUGCUAUUGGAGGGUAUUUACAACCCGGCGCUAACCCGCGCUUUGAAAGAUGGGUCGUUGAAGACUCGAAUGUUGAUCAAGCUCUGCAGCAGGAUCCCCCGACUGAAUCCAAUGGAACAGAAGAAGAUCAGGAUAGCGGUCCAGAGCAUAAUGAAAUAAACCAACGACCUGUUCGCAGGACUCCGCCGGACGAUCCUCCCAUCAACCCAUUAAAUUUGGGCUCGGCGGGUGGCAUCAAUAACCAAGUCGAGCCUAACGAAGCCAAUCAAGCGAAACGGCGAAGAAUUGAACUUGAAUUCGAACUCGAAAGGAAAAAGGUCGAACGUUCCCGCAAGAUGGAUGAUCUUUUACGUCAAUGCGAGAGAGAAGAAGAAGAUAUUAAAAUGGCAAUCGAGCGCGAAAAGCUCUUGGCUGGUGCGCUCGAUGGAUCGAUUCAAGGAAACCCAAUCCUUUCCUCCACACCGAAGCGCAAUAUGGAUACCAUCGGAAACUUACGACCCGUAGAAACAACCGAAAGAUCGGCAACAUUCGCUCCGCCAAGUCGUUGGCCAAAGAUUAUCGUCGAAAAAUUCAACGGGGAUCCGCGAAAAUGGCAAAGAUUCGCGCACGGUAUUCACGCCACCGUUCGCGACGCAAACAUCCCUGACUCCUACAAGCUUCUGGGCCUUCAAGACAACAUUACGGAAGAUAUUCGGAAAAGGAUGGGCCACAUCUUCAACGGAUCAUAUGCAUUUGAGUCGGCUUGGAAUGAAUUGGAAGUUAAAUAUGGAAAUCCAGGUCUUAUAAUGCAGGCGCAUAACCAGCACCUUCUCCAAGUCCAGCCUUUCAAAACCGGAGACUUUAAUUCGCUCUUCACUUUAGCGGCAGAUGUCCGUGAUGCCGUAUCAAGCGUUUCCGUUGAGCACUCCAAGGAAUUUACGUUUUCAACCGUCAUCUCCUCGCUCGCCUCAAAGCUUCCAAUUCAGCUUCAAAUCGACUGGGGAAAAUAUGCAUAUUCCCUUCGUCCGAAUCUACCAUCGCUACGAGAUUUCGACAAGUGGAUUGAUAUCGCUGUCGGAGCAGAAGAGUAUCGUGGAAUUCGACUUUCCGUGGCCGGAGAUGUCGUUAAUAAACCCGCCCAUAAUACUCACCCUCGGCAGCAAGGCGGCUAUGGUCAACCUGGUAGCAGUAAUUAUCGUGGACCUACUGUGUUGACGAACGGAAUUCAAGAAAAAGUAGCAGCUCCGCAGUGCCCUGCCUGCAGUGCCAAUCCUGGUCAUCGCCUCGAGUAUUGCAACGUUUUCAAGAAAAUUUUGGUCAACAAACGAGCAGCUCUCUGCGCCGACAACAAUUUUUGUUUCAAAUGCUUGACACAAGGCCACUACGGAAGAAAUUGCUCCCGCACUGACGUGAAGUGUAAGGACUGCGGAAAGGCGCACAACACUCUCUUACACGGAGCCGAUCGCCAAUUUCCGUCUGCAAAAACUCAAGGUAACGAAUCUCUAACUGUUUUAACGAUUCGUGCACCUAACCCAAACCACAUACGUCCCGUAUUGCUAGCCAUCCUACCCGUCACUGUAAAAGGUAAUGAGUCCGUCGCCAAAACAUUUGUGGUAUUAGAUCCGGGGAGCGAGGCCACGCUCAUUACGAACGCUCUCGCAAAAACUUUAAAUUUGACUGGGCCCCCCUUUCGUAUUCGCUUCGGUAACUUCAAUGAUUCAAUCACCAUCGACUCUAAGGUCGUUUCGUUCCGCAUUGCAUCAAUGAACUACGAAACUCCCAUCAGUGAAGCUUUUCUCGUUCCAAAAAUCAGUUUAUCACCUAGAAAAAUCGAUUGGCCAAAACUGAAGAAAUACUGGGCUCAUCUCGCAGACUUGAAUUUGCCAGCAAUAGACUCUUCUCAAGUUGGUGUAUUGAUUGGAGCGGACCAACUUUCGGCCCAUAUUCAAAAAGAGAUUAGGGAAUCAAUUGAAGAUGACGGCCCUACAGCGAUUCUGACUCAAUUUGGAUGGUCGGUGGUGGGAAAAAUUCCCAAUUUUCUUGUGGCCGGGCCAAGCAAGAAAGUAAAUGUCAACAUUCACUCAGUUUCCCAUGAUGAGGCGCUAUGUAAUCUCGUAGAACAAUUUCACUCUACCGAGUCUUUCGGUACGGAUGUUUAUGCUCCCACGAUCACCUCGGCCGAAGAUGCUCAAGUAAUUGCCGUGCUCGAAUCAUCAGUAAUUUUCAUCGGGUGCGGAUGGCAGGUGGAUCUCCCUCUACGCUCAAAAGGCUUUGUCUUCCCUAAUAAUAGAAAACAGGCUGUGUCUAGGUAUUAUGGGAUGGAACGACGUCUCUCGUUGCCGGAAAACCAACAUUAUGCGGACAAAUACAAUCUAAUCGUAAAAAAGCUUAUUGAUUCCGGCACCGCUGUAAAGGUAGACUCGUCUGCAAUCAACAAGCCGGAAGGAAUGAUAUGGUAUUUGCCGUAUCACUUCGUUGAAAAUCCGAACAAACCAGGGAAAAUCAGAGUGGUUAUGGAUUGUGCUGCAAGUUUUUGUCAAGUCUCGCUCAACAACCAACUUCUCCGUGGGCCGCCGUUGCUCCCAAAGCUAAUAGGAGUGCUGCUACGGUCGAGGGAAUGUCUUUUUGCGCUUUCUGCGGAUAUAGCGGCCUUUUAUAAUCGCGUCGGAAUUCCAGAAAAACAUCAGUCUCUCCAACGAUUUGUCUUCCGCGAAUUCGGAAGCAAUAAACCGCUGAAGACAUACCAAAUGACGACCUUGGUAUUUGGGGCAGUCCAUGCAUCAACCGCGGCCAUUUGGGUCUUGCAGCAUGCGGUAAAUCAAAACAGAAAAUAUCCCGAAGUUGCAUCGCGAAUAAAGCAAAAUUUUUACGCUGAUAAUUUGAGUGACUCGUUCGACACCGAAAAGGAAGCCAUAAAAUUCGCAAAGGACGUCACAGAAUCGCUGGCGAUCGGUGGUUUUAAAUUAACGGGCUUUGCGUCCUCAUCUAAACGGGUCCUAGAAACAAUUGCAGCGGAAGACCGGGCCGGAUCGAUCCUUGACUUAAAUUAUGGCGCCUUACCGACAGAAUACAUUUUGGGGCUCGCAUGGGACUGCAACAGCGACUGUUACAAAUUGAGAGUUAAAGAGCUGCCUCCAAUCACGACGAAACGGGAGUUGUUGUCGGCGAUGUCAAAAGAAUUUGACCCAUUAGGAAUUUGCCUUCCGGUCAUUACGUAUGCAAAACUACUCUUUCAAGAAACGUGCAAGCUACGGUCAAGAAUUUCCCCCUAUAAGAAGCCGAUUGGGUGGGACGAGCCUUUGCCAGAGUGCAUUCUGGCAAAGUGGAAUAUAUGGGCCAGCUCAUUGUCAUCUCUCUCUCAAAUUUCCAUUAGGCGAUGUUUUCGGUCGAGUGACGAGAAUCGUGCAGAUUGCAUAUUUGACCUCAUCGUUUUCUCGGACUCAUCUCUCCUUGCGUUCGGAGCUGUGGCUUACCUAAAGACAACCUGUCACGGCAAAAUGCACCUCGAUUUCGUUAUGGCGAAGGGCCGCAUCGCACCCACCAGCAUCCUAAGUAUUCCCAGGCUCGAGCUACUAGCGGUGGUACUAGCGAUCAGAAUGACGCAAUCCAUCAUGAGAGAAAUGCGCAUCCCGAUAUCAUCCAUCGAAUACCGAACUGACUCAGAAAUCGUGCUUCACCAGAUAAAUUCUUCACAUCACAAGCAUCCAACUUUCGUGGCCAACAGAAUCGGCGAAAUUCUCCGUCACUCUAAUCCCGAGCAGUGGAAAUUCAUAUCUGGUAAGGAUAAUCCGGCCGACGACUGCACUAGAGGCAUCACCCCUGACUGCUUCACAUCCAAUAGUCGUUGGCUUACCGGCCCGUCCCAGUCGCAGUUGUCAGCAGCACAAGUUUUUACUGUGUCACUCAACCAAGCAGAAGAUCCUGACCCAUCCAUAGCACUGUCAGUGUGUGCCCUAGAUUUUUCCUCCCUUCCCGUCAAAACCUCAUUGCCAGCCGUUUCAAAGUUGAUUGCGGAUAGUCAAGAUGGUCUUGCUCGGUUAAAGCGCGAUGUAGCCUUGUCAUUGCGCAAAGGAGCCAAUUUGGAUUCGCCAAUCACUGAUGAUGAAUUAAAGCAAGCAAUGCGGACGUGCAUCAUUGUUGCCGCCGAGGAGGCGUUUCCGGAAGAAAUCAUCGCUCUCAGAAGUGGAAAGCUAAUUCCGAAAGAUUCCGUCCUUCGUAAUGUGAGUCCUUACAUCGAUCCUGCGGACGGGCUAAUGAAGGUGGAUGGCCGUCUUAAACAUGCCAAGCUGCCACAGCACGCGCGACAACCCGUUAUUCUUCCCUCGGAUCAUCGUCUGACCUCGCUGAUUGUUGCUGAUGCUCACAACGAAAUUAAUCAUGCGGGAGUAGAACACACUCUUUCAAUUGUCAGAAGGAAGUAUUAUUUAACUAAAGGUCGCAGGUCCAUUCGAAAAACCUUGGCGCGUUGCGUCAAAUGUCGACGUAGAUGUGCACAGCCCCGGCCACCCAUCAUGGCCAGUCUUCCUAAGGAAAGACUGCUGCCAUUCGUUCGACCCUUUUCAACAUCUGGUCUCGACUUCUUUGGACCUUUUAACACCGUGAUCGGUCGACGCACUGAAAAGCGUUAUGGUCUUCUCAUUACGUGCUUUUCAACCCGUGCUGUACACCUGGAAUUAGUGUACUCUCUCUCCGCCGACUCCUUUUUGAUGGCGCUGCGGCGGUUUAUUGCUGAUCGUGGCCAUCCUACAACCAUUUAUUCGGACAACGGGACCAAUCUGGUUGCGGGAAAGAAGGAGCUGCGCGAAGGAAUUGUUAACCUCAACUCAAAGCUGGUGACCGAGGAGAUGAUCGAUCGGGGAAUCAAUUGGAAAUUUUCGCCGCCAUCAGGCCCGCAUUUUGGUGGUUCGUGGGAGCGCCUUGUCGGCUCAAGCAAGAAAUCUUUGCGCGCUGUUCUGGAGGAGCGCAGCGUUAAUGACGAGGUGUUGCUGACUGUAUUAAAGGAAGUUGCGUCACUCCUCAACACUCGCCCUCUCACGCAUGUAUCAAGUGAUCCGUCCGAACCGGAACCGUUAACGCCCAAUCAUUUUAUUCUCGGCUGCCAUCAUCCCCAUUAUCCGCCAGAUGCCGAAGAAGCGUUUUGUGGCUUGACCAGACGACGCUACAGGCAGUCACAAUUUAUUGUAAAUCAGUAUUGGCGUAGAUGGAUGCGGGAAUACGUUCCAAACCUAAUCGAUCGGAAGAAAUGGAAUCAAGCAACCCCUUCACUCCGCGUUGGCAACCGAGUGCUUAUCAUGGAUGAGAACACUCGACGCGGACAAUGGCUUACUGGAACCGUGUCAAAACUAUUCCCGGGAGAAGAUGGUCGCAUCAGACGUGUCUCUGUCAAAACUGCGACUUCUGAAUUAACCCGCCCUGUUGUAAAACUUUGUCUAUUUUCAGAUACGUAA